AAGCGCAGAAGAAGAAAAAUCCGUAUGGUGGUGUGACGUAAUCUCUUCCUGAUAACCUCCAUCUUUCAGUACCGCAUGCCUGUGUGGAUAUUUGACCAGUGAGAACAUGAAUCUAGAAAAACUAGCAAAACUUCAAGCCCAGGUGCGGAUAGGAGGAAAGGGAUCAGCACGCAGGAAGAAGAAGGUGGUACACAGAACUGCGACAGCGGAUGACAAAAAGCUUCAGAGUUCACUUAAGAAGUUGGCUGUCAACAAUAUUGCUGGAAUUGAGGAGGUGAACAUGAUCAAAGAUGACGGGACUGUGAUCCACUUCAACAACCCCAAAGUGCAGGCCUCUCUGUCCGCCAACACCUUCGCCAUCACGGGCCACGCUGAGACCAAGCAGCUGACGGAGAUGCUCCCCGGCAUCCUCAGUCAGCUGGGAGCAGACAGCCUCAGCAGCCUGCGCAAACUGGCAGAACAGUUUCCACGGCAAGCUCUCGACAGCAAGGCUCCAAAGGCAGAGGACAUUGAGGAAGAGGAUGAUGAUGUUCCAGAUCUGGUGGAGAACUUUGAUGAAGCGUCAAAGAACGAGGCAAACUGACGCACAUGAAGCUCAUGUGCUCACGGGCUGGACUGCAAUGAAGCGAGAACCCUUCUCCUGUGUUUUUAAGUCUAUCCAGACAUAUCAGACACUCUCCCCCCCCCCCACCCACACACACACACACACACACACACACACACACACAACCAGAGACUUUUCUAUUUUACGAUGGCCCACAGAUGUCCGCGUCAGACUGGCUUGUGCGCUUAUAAAAAAUAAUAAAAAUACUCCCUUCUGGUAAACGGUUAAAUCCCUUCACCACAUUGUCAGGAUUACAGUGGUCAUUAAGUCUUAAGACUUUUUCUUUAUGAAACAAAAUAAAGGUGAUUUAACAUUUU